AUGCGGGACACGGGCCGGGGCUGGGCAGCCUGGCCGGCGUUGCUGGGGCUGCUGUUGGCCCUUGUGAUGCAGGUUGAUGGCGGCGCGCAGACUACUGCGGGACUUGUGACAUGUGGGUCGGUGCUGAAGCUGUUGAACUUGCACCACCGGGUUCGGCUUCACUCGCAUGACAUCAAAUACGGAUCUGGUAGCGGGCAGCAGUCGGUGACUGGUGUGGAGACGUCUGACGACGCCAACAGCUACUGGCGGAUCCGUGGUGGCCCAGAGGGUGGGUGCCCACGUGGUGUCCCGGUGCACUGUGGCCAGGCGGUGAGACUCACACAUGUAAUGACCGGCAAGAACCUGCACACCCACCACUUCCCGUCUCCACUAUCCAACAACCAGGAGGUGAGUGCCUUUGGGGAAGACGGCGAGGGUGACAACCUGGACCUGUGGACAGUGCGAUGCUCAGGGCAGCACUGGGAACGAGAGGCCUCUGUGCGCUUCCAGCAUGUGGGUACAUCGGUGUUCCUGUCAGUCACUGGAGAGCAGUAUGGGAGCCCCAUCCGCGGGCAGCAUGAGGUGCAUGGCAUGACUAGCGCCAACUCGCACAACACCUGGAAAGCCAUGGAAGGUGUCUUCAUCAAGCCCAGCGCUGAGGCCUCCACCUCACAUGAUGAACUCUGA